AUGUCAUCUCUAACCGACCCCGAUUGCGAGCGGGUUCGCCAAAACCAACCACGUCCAACCGCCGCCGAACUCAUCAAAGCGAUCCAAGAGAUCGAUUUUCUUGAUGAAGAAUCGCGCGAAAAGGUCUAUCACACACUACACCGGAUCGAUAAUGGCGCACUCGAACUGGGAAUGCAUUGCGACUACCACUUCUGCCUGGUACCCGACGGCUUUAACCAACUGAAGUACGAGGACGAAGACGUGGACUGGGACGAUCAACGCGAGUGGCCGGAAUUCUACAACAUACUUGGUAUCAACAUAUGGAAGACAGGGGCCGAUACCGCGACCGCAGGAAACCAGCCGAAGGAUAUUGAACCAGAUCAAUCUAGUGUCAAGAACGAGUCCAGAGGCAACGACGCCACGGGCUUUGUGUUUAUGCAGCUGGGCCGGGUGUUCCGUCUCAAGGAUUGCUACAUGGAAAGUAACAAACAAAGUGCUGAAAGAAAGGAAAGGCCGAUACCCUGGUAUGACUCUGACUUCGUCCUCGUCGUAGCCAUCGAGGAGAAUGGAAGAGCAGGCGCGCUGUGGUUGCUGUGUAACUUUAACCCCUGGGAUGAUGUAGCUGGUCACAUCAAGAUCCCGCAAUCAAGCCAGGACUGUGGCGAUACUUUGGGAGACGGUGUUCAGUACAAAGCUCUCAAGAUUGCUGACGAUAUUGGGGAGCUCAAACGAGGGAAGGCAUGGGAUGUUAAGAUGAAGUUUGGCAGCGAGUUUGACAUACAAAUCGUACCCGCCGUCUUUGACGGAGAGGGGAAAGAGAAGAGGCUCCUGCGACACAAGGUUCGCAAGGAAGAGCUUACGGAAUGGGUUGAGGUCUAA